CUCUCCCUCUCCCUCUCCCUCUCUUGUUCUUGUUCUUGUUCUUCGUUUCUUUCUUACUUUCUUCUCUCUUUUUCCCUCCCUCCUCCAUAUUAUAAACCAAUCCCAGAUGGGUUCUUUCUUCUCUAUUCAUAUUUCGCCACUUCUUUGAAAUUUUCAGAGAGAUUUCUGCAGAAUGUUUCCAAUGGAGAAUACCUCAAACUUUGUCUUCGAUGGAGGCAUCAGAUUGCCUGUUGGAUAUCGAUUUUGCCCGACGGAUGAGGAGCUGGUCGAGCACUACUUGAAAAGGAAGGUGUUUGGUUUGCCACUCCCUGCAUCUGUCAUUCCUGAGUUCAAUGUCUUCCUCACAGAUCCAUGGGGUCUGCCUGGGGAUUCGAAAGAGAAGAGAUUCUUUUUCAGCCAACAGAAGAGUUUCUUGAGGAUGAAUGCUGGGUGUGGGAUUUGGAAGUCCAUUGGGAAAGAGAAAUUCAUCUUAAGCCAAGGGAUCAACCAGUUGUUUGGGCUGAGGAAAUCUCUGGUUUUUUCAGAGUCAAAAUUUCCUGAGAGAACAAGAACAACUCGAUGGGUCAUGCAUGAAUAUCGAUUGGCUCGCUCUGCAGCAACUUCCAACUCAACCCAGCAGAUCGAAGUGGGGGAUUGGGCUGUGUACUGCUUGUUUCAGAAAAGAAGAAAGCACAAAAGGAAAGGGGUGGAAGAGAACCAGAGAGUGGCAGUGGCGCAGGCAAGUAUAUUAGACUUGACGGUGGAGGAUGGUUGGGAAUUUCCUCAGCCUUGUGCUUCGUGUUCAAGUGGAGUCACUCAAGUCUCUUCAAAUGGUACGGGAAGUACGGACCAGGAAGAGACCAGCGGUGGCUUAGGCUUAGACUUAGGCUUUUCUUAAUAUUCUCAAACUUAUUUCAGUGGCUGAAAGUUGAAUUUGUUUUGUUUUGGGUUGAUCUGGCUCAACUGGAAGUCAAAAAGACAAGGAAAAAAGGGCAAAUUUAACGAC